AAUUCCUUCCCUAACAUUGGAUUUUCAUGCUUUGGUUCUCUAAUGAGAACCUUAAACUCCUAUCAUAGAACAAAGACAAUAUGGCACCAUGGGACGCCAUGUACCAACACCCAUCCGAUAAGCGCCCUGUUCCUCAUUGUUGCCACCCUUUUCAUCACCAGGCUCUUCGACCAUCUUCCAUCGGCACUACACAACAGUAGUCAGUGCUCAAUAUUCAAUCAGGACCGCUCAUCACGAAAGCUGAUCAUCUCGCGGUUCAAUGCUGGGUACAUUUCGUGGCCAGAGAGAGGAUUUGGGUCUCACCUCUCUCUCAAGAUUUACGUUUAUGAUGAGAAUGAGAUUGAAGGAUUGAAGCCAUUGAUGUAUGGGAAAGAAGGUAAUAUUGACGUUGAUAUUUGCUAUCAAGGCCAAUGGGGCACUCAGGUUAAAAUACACAGAUUGCUGUUGAGCUCAAGAUUUCGGACGAGAAAGAAAGAGGAAGCAGAUUUCUUCUUUGUGCCAGCAUAUGUUAAAUGUGUUCAUAUGCUGGAAGGACUUACAGAAGAAGAGAUAAACCAAACCUACGUUGAGGUCUUGAGUCAAAUGCCAUAUUUCAGGCGAUCUGGGGGUCGUGACCACAUAUUUGUCUUCCCAAGUGGAAAUGGAGCUCACUUUUUCACAUCUUGGAAAACAUUCUUAAACCGUUCCAUAUUUCUUACUCCCGAGGGGGAUCGAACUGAUAAUAAAAACUCAAGUUCCUUCAAUACAUGGAAAGAUAUCAUCAUUCCCGGUAAUGUUGAUGAUGAGAUCACUAAAAAUGGCGCUGUCCUGGUUGAGCCGUUACCUUUAUCAAACCGAAAAUACUUGGCAAAUUAUUUAGGUCGUGCACAAGGAUUGAAGGGUCGUCUUCAAUUAAUAGAGCUAGCAAAACAAUAUCCAGAUAAGUUGGAGGCUCCAGAUUUGAAGCAUGAUCCUCCUGACAAAUUGUUCAAGAUGGAGUAUUUUGAACACCUACGAAACGCCAAGUUCUGCCUAAUUCCCCGUGGAUUAUCAUCAUGGACGCUACGCUUCUAUGAGUCUUUCUUUGUGGAAUGUGUUCCAGUUAUCAUAUCAGAUCAAAUAGAAUUACCUUUUCAGAAUGUAAUUGACUACACUCGGAUAACAAUAAAAUGGCCAGCUACUCGGAUAGGUCCCCAACUUCUGGAGUACCUUGAAUCUAUACCAGAUGAAGUUAUAGAGGUUAUGAUAGCCCGUGGUAGACAAGUGAAGUGCUUAUGGACUUAUGCUCCAGAAUCAGAACCAUGUUCAGCAAUGCAUGGAAUCCUAUGGGAACUCCAGAGAAAAGUCAGGCUGUUCCACCAAUCGGCUGAGACAUUCUGGCUUCAUAAUGGGACUAUUGUGAAUAGAAAUUUAGUGGAAUUUCAUAAUUGGAAACCACCCAUGCCUUUGCCUUGAUAAAUAUGUAUCUUUCUUGUGCAAAUUGCUCUAGGGUCAAGAAC